CCCACCCAAACCAUUCCAGGAAUUCUCUGGUUAACUCAGCACAAACACUUGCCUUUUAAAAUUCAUGUUGUGACCGAAGCAGACUUUUCUCACCCUUGCAAUGUCUCAUUUUAGGAUGUUCUGGACAAGGAGAAGCGGGACAUGGCCGAGAGCGCCCAGAGGGAGCGAAGCACCAGCUUCGACUUCAGCUCCUACCACACCCUGGAUGAUAUUUAUGCGGAGCUGGACCACCUUGCAUCCGAGCACAGCUUCGUGGAGAAGAUCCAGAUCGGGGAAUCCUACGAGAAGCGCCCUCUGUACGCCCUCAAGUUCAGCACCGGCGGAUCCGACCGCCCGGCCAUCUGGCUCGACGCCGGCAUCCACUCCCGGGAGUGGGUCACCCAGGCCAGCGCCCUCUGGAUCGCCAACCAGAUCGCCUCCGGCUACGGAUCCGACUCCUCCAUCACCUCCCUGCUGGACAAGAUGGACCUUUUCCUGCUGCCAGUGGCCAACCCUGAUGGCUUUGUGUACACCCACACCUCGAACCGCAUGUGGAGGAAGACGCGCUCCAGGAACGCGGGCAGCAUCUGCUACGGGGUGGAUCCCAACAGGAACUGGGAUGCAGGCUUUGGAGGUCCCGGGGCCAGCAGCAGGCCCUGCUCCGACUCCUACCACGGCCCCAGCGCCGAGUCCGAGGUGGAGGUGAAAUCCGUGGCUGACUUCAUCAGGGACCACGGGAACUUCAAGGCCUUCCUCACCCUCCACAGCUAUUCCCAGCUCCUGAUGUAUCCCUACGGAUACAAGUGCACCAGGCCCGAUGACUACGCCGAGCUGGAAUCCCUGGGAAGAGCCGCUGCCGAUGCCAUCAAAUCCGUGUACGGCACCACCUUCCAAGUGGGGCCCAUCUGCUCCACCAUCUACCAGGCCAGCGGGGGCAGCAUCGACUGGGCCUACGACAUCGGCAUCAAAUAUUCCUUCGCCUUCGAGCUGCGGGACACGGGACGCUACGGAUUCCUUCUCCCCGCCAGCCAGAUCGUCCCCGCCGCCACCGAGACCUGGAUGGGCCUCAGGAAGAUCAUGGAGCACGUCCUGGAAAAGCAGGAAUGA